UUUUAGAAGAAGAGAAAGAGGGGAGGCUGUUCUUCAUACGUUCCAUUCUGAGUAUCCAAAACUAACAGAAAUUACGCCUCUCUCCAUCCCCCUCCUCAUAUAAGCACACAAACGAAACAAAACCCUAAUUUCCUCUUAGCAACAGCAACAGCAACAGCAGAAAGAAAACCCAUCGUCUCUCGCAUUUAACACUGAAAUCUGCUUCUUCCUUGUCUGUGUUAUUUCUCUCUAUAACACUGAAACUCUCUUCCGAAACCUAUUGGUUAAAGAUUUCUGAGGGAGAAUAUUUAAAAUACAAGAUACCCACACUUUACUUUUUGUGGAGCGGUUAUUUAAACGGUUGCGUUUUUGGGAUAUAGCCUUCCUUUUGUUAGGACCCUAGAAUAUUGCAGUUACGCGAAUAGAGACAUUCAAGUGUGUUAGCUAGGGUUUCUACUCUCUUUUUUGGCUUUUUUGGGGGUUUUCAUUGCAUUUCAAGUGAAGUAUUAUUGGUUUAUAAUUGUUGGUUUUCCUUGGUUGGUGCCUUAGGCUUUUUGCUGAACUGGGACUCUUGUUAAAGACGAGGGCCUGUUGAGUGUGUGGUGUUAUUAUAUACAUCUGCAAAUACAUCUUUUGAUAAAAGACAGAGGUGUGAAGAGAGAGUGGCGUGGUGCCGGUUUUGAAUUCUGUUUGCUUUUGAUUAAUUUGUGGUGGAAACUGCCACAGGCUACAUAAUUUGUGCGUUGGUUUGUUGGUGAUUGUUCAAUCAGAUUGGUGGUUGUUUUAGGGGAGAAAAGUAGGGUUAGGGGCUACAAGGUAGUGGUUUUGUAUAGGAUAAUAGUUCUCUUUGGAAGGAUAAUAAUUCUCUUUGGAGGGGGUGAAGAAGUGUCUUCUCUUUUUCUUUUUGAAUCUGAUGAUGGUCAGUGCUCGUCCUUAUGGAAAAAAGUGAACCCUCUUUAGUACCAGAAUGGCUGAAAAGUACAGGCACUGUCUCUGGGGCUGGCAGUUUAGCCCACCACUUCGCAUCAUCUUCUUCUCACUCAGAUGUCCCUUCAUUGGCAAAUCACACGAGAAAUAGGAGCUCUAAGAGCAUAAAUGAUUUUGAUUCCCCUCGCCCUGGUUUUCUGGACCGGACAUCUUCAUCUAAUUCACGAAGAAGUUUUAGCAAUGGAUCUGCAAAGCAUCCUUACAGUAGUUUUAGUAGAAGCCACCGCGAUAAAGAUCGAGAAAGGGACAAAGAGAGGUCUAGCUUUAUGGAUAAUUGGGACAGGGACUCUUCUGAUCCCUUGGGAGGCUUAUUAACCAACAGGAUUCAGAAGGAUACCUUGCGACGUUCCAGUUCAAUGGUAUCGAGGAAACAUGUUGAGCUGAUGCCUCGCAGAGCUGCAUCGGACUUAAAAAAUGGGAGUGGCAACACUCACACCAACGGCAAUGGUUUGAUUUCCGGGGGUAGUUUUGGUAGUAGCAGUCAGAAGGCAGUGUUUGAAAAGGAUUUUCCUUCACUUGGAAGUGAAGAUAGGCAAGGAGUGCCUGAUAUAGCAAGAGUUUCAUCUCCUGGUUUAAGCUCGAGUGUUCAGAGCUUGCCUGUUGGCAGUUCUGCUUUGAUCGGCGGGGAGGGAUGGACAUCAGCUCUGGCAGAGGUGCCGGCUAUUAUUGCAAACAGCAGUACAAGUUCUUCAUCUGCUGCUCAGACUGUUGUUGCUUCUUCAUCCGGGACUUCAAGUGGACUGGCUGGUCUCAAUAUGGCUGAAACAUUGACUCAGGCUCCAUCAAGAACUCGCACUGCACCACAGCUGUCCGUCCAGACACAAAGGCUUGAGGAAUUGGCUAUUAAGCAAUCAAGGCAGUUAAUACCUGUGACUCCCUCGAUGCCUAAGAAUUUGGUUCCCAGUUCUUCUGAUAAAUCAAAGCCUAAAACAGGAAUCAGACCUGCUGAGAUGAAUACGGCUGCCAAGAGCUUACACCAGCAGUCUUCUUCAUUGCACCUGGCUAAUCAAUCUUCUGUAGGGGUAAAUGUCAAAUCUGAUGCUCCAAAGACAUCUCAUGGGAAGCUUUUUGUUCUCAAACCAGUAUGGGAAAAUGGUGUCUCCCCUUCUCCAAAGGAUGUUGCUAGUCCGACAAAUACUUCCAGCAGAACCGCGAAUAGCCAACUUGCUGCUCCUUCAGUUCCAUCUGCACCUGUGAGGAGUCCAAACAACCCAAAGCUUUCUCUAGGGGAGCGCAAGCCAACUAGCUUGAAUUUAAAUUCAGGAUUUGGUGGGGAAAAGAGAGCCCAGAGCAGGAAUGAUUUCUUUAAUGACCUGAAGAAGAAAACUGCUAUGAACACUUCUUCGGUUGCAUAUUCAGCGUCUGUUGUUUUGUCUCCCACCAGUGAGAACUCUUGUGAAGUAAACAAGGAAGCUGUCAGUGCCCCGACAAGUCCUCAUGCUAUUCAGAAUGGUGCUGAAUUGACUAGCAAUGGUGGGAGUUUAGAAGAGGUUCAAAGAUUUUCCGAGGAAGAAGAGGCUAAGUUCCUUCGUUCUCUUGGGUGGGAGGAAAAUUCAGGGGAGGAUGAAGGACUCACAGAGGAAGAAAUCAAUGCCUUCAUUCAGGAGUAUGUUACAAAGAAGCCAUCCCUGAAAGUGUGUCGUGGCAUGGAACUAAAGCUGAAUGAAUGUCAUGCUGCGAGUUUGGGUGGAUCUUCCCUUGCAUCCAGCUCUUCUGACUCUGGAUCAGAUGCUUAAUGCUGUUCUCUGAAAUAGUAGACCCAGAAACUCCAUUUUUUGAUGACAGGUGGCUAGUUUCUUUUUCCCUUUGCUUUCUUUUUAAGAAGGCUGGUAAGUUGCGAAUAGAAGAAGGGGGUGGAUUUUUGGUUGGAACCCUUGCAUUUUGCAAAUAGUGCAAUAAGUUACAGAUGCCCCAAUCCUGCCUUCCCAAUAGAGGGUAAUUUUUCAAGGUGUUACGGUUGGUUCGGGAGAAGGGUAGGUUAGAGGCUGUUUUGUCUGGGAGAGAUUGCUGCGUCAUUUGGGGGGGUAUUUGGUCUUUUUACUUUACAUCUCUAGAGGGUUUGAUUUUACAAAGAAAAGCUUAUGGUGUUUUUGUCAAUUUUACGGGAAAAAAAAAAAGGAAAUCAAAAGGGCUCCAUUUUUAGUUUA